CUGGGUCCUCAGCUUCCGUCCAUCUUGAAGGGGCUUUUACUGUCAAACACAAGCGGACUGACGGAGGACGAAAUAAUGUGUUCUGAAGACGUGUAUACCUUUCUAGGCGAUCUCUUACAGGGGAAGAUGUGGGCACUUUCCAUGAUCGAUGCAUCAGGGAAACCUGCUUCCUCCAUCUUUAAAGGGGCAACCACCUUCUUCGGGAACUAUGAUGAAUGUCUUGAGGUGGUCAGUGAGGUGGACCUAUCCACUGGUAGACAAGUAAAGGGGGACACCUGCGUUGUCUCCAUUAAACCCCCUCCACAGCUGCUAAAACAUGAUGGGGCCCGCAAGUGUCUUAGCUCCGAACCUUGCCUUCAACUGGCAUCUGUGCCUUCCAGAAACGUGCGGCAGCAAUAAAGUCAAGGCAGACAUACAAAGCAUGUUGUCUCAAGUUAACCUGACAAUAGACAAAGUGGUGUGUCAUGCUGAAGUGAAGAACGGGCCUAUGAGUGAGGACAGCGCAGCAGUGGGAGCUAUCGUCCUGACAGCCAUCUUGGGAUGCAUGGUUCUUCUGGGUUCUGCUUUGGAUCUGUACAUCCGGGCUACCAAAGAUCAUGGUGAGAAGGCCCCUGUCACUCCUGGUCUGGAUGCUGUUCAGCUAGAAAAAAUCAGUGCAAAUUUACAGUCUAAGGACACUGAGGGGAUUGAGGCACCAGUUAGCAAUGGGCAUAGAGAUGGUUUGAUUGGCAAUUCGCAAGGGACUGGUCACGUAGAGAAUGGUGGACUAGACAACCCUGCAGGUCCAGCAUUACCUGAAACAAAAGGUGGACACUUUCUAUAUCCUAAUACUGCUCAGCUGCCCAAAUCAGAAGAGAAACCAAAGAACCAGAAACCAAAAUUAUGGAAGCGUGUCCUGUUGUGUUUCUCAGCCGUCAGCAAUGGGGAGAAGAUCCUCAGCGUGAAACGCUCACCUGGAUCACUUACCUGUCUUAACGGCAUCCGGGUGCUCAGCAUGAGCUGGGUCAUUUUGGGACACACGUUCCUUAAUCUCAUUACUAACGUAGAAAAUGGAGCAGACCUCCUGCCGAUAACAAGGAGUUUCAGUUUCCAGGUUAUUAUGAACGCUCCAUUAUCGGUGGAUACAUUCUUUUUUCUCAGUGGCCUAUUGGUGACGUACUUGUUCCUGAAGGAGACGGAGAAGGCUGGAGGUCUGAAGGUGAAGCACAUGGUCAUGUACUACGUCCACCGCUACUUGAGAUUGACACCUGUGUACGCCUAUGUGAUAUUCGUCUACACGUUCGUUGUGCCGUAUUUGGUUGAUGGUCCAACCUGGACAAGUCCUACCGACAAGGCAGUUUGUGAGAAGAACUGGUGGAUAAACUUACUGUACAUAAAUAAUGUACUCUCACCAGACCAAAUGUGUAUAGCCUGGAGCUGGUACCUCGCCAACGACAUGCAGUUCUAUGUUGUGGCUCCCCUGGCGUUGAUCCCCUUGGCACUAAGUUCACAGAUGAAGGACAACUUUGCAAGAAAGGUCCUGAAGCUGAUUGGUAUAUGCGUGUCUGUCGGAUGCAUCAUCAUCAGCAUCGCCUGCACUGGCUACUAUUCAUAUCACAACUUCCAGGAUCUCAACGGGGUGUUCCUGAAUGUGUACAUCAAACCUUGGAAUCGGAUCGGACCAUUCGCCAUAGGGAUGCUUGUUGGCUAUAUGCUUCAAACGAAGAAGUCAAAGAUCGAGAUUUCUCCAUUCAUGCAAGGUUUGGGAUGGGUCCUGGCUUUGACGGCAGCCGGACUAUGCACACUGUUAACCUAUGACGACACAAAAGGACCAGGCUGGGGAAUCGAUGGAAGGACCGCUUUCGACACGCUGUUCAGACCUGUUUGGGCGCUGGUCCUGGGUUGGGUCGUCUUCAUCUGCUGCAAGGGAAAAGGAGGUAUCGUGGACUGGAUGUUGUCCUGGGACUGGUGGCAGCCUCUCUCUCGUCUCACAUACGGGGCCUACCUCGUCCAUCUUGUCUUCAUGAUUACUGAAACAUUAUCGAUGAGGUCACUCAUCUACUACACGCAAGGUUAUAUUGUGUACCGUUAUUUCGGCUUCGUGUGCAUGUCGUUCAUCUUCUCCUUCCUGCUGGCCAUCCUGGUGGAGGCGCCCAUGCUGCAGUUGGAGAAGCUGGCCCUGUCAUAAGUCACAGUAGUUGCUGUCGACGUCAUCUACCACAACUACCACAACUACCUGUAUAAUGCCUGUGUGAUACAGGUGCUUAUACCUAUGUCAAGCAUGUGAUCAAAGACACAAGAUAAAAGUACUCAAUGAAGAGAUCACGUCAUAAUUGUACAUGCAGCUGUUCUUAAACAAAAGUAUUUUUAUUGACACUACAUGUUAUACUUAAUCAAUAUUUUUAUAUUGUAUAUCAUAUUGUAAUUAAUAUCUUUAUCACAUACGUUUUAAUAAAUACAUUGGAUUGGUAAAAACUGAAAGCUAGUGACGUGAAAUAAUUUCGAAAGCAGCGAAAUUCAUUUGUCUCAAAUAACGAAUCACAGCUUUCAAAAACAGAACUAUCGAGAUAUAAUUUAAAUAACUAAUAUGACCUUUAAAUAUGUGAGGUUUAAUCUCUCUUUAUUAAAACAACUGGCAGACCUCAUAUCAAGUCUCAGUCCACUUUUUCUAUGAAUUUUCAAUUCUUGAUUAUUUGUAAGAAUCAAUUAUCAUUAAUUAUCAUAAUUAAGAUCCCACAGAUCCCAUUAUCACUAUUAUCAUUCAAGUGUCAUUGUGUGAUGGUGUCAUUCACAGAUUGAUGUAAUGAUGAUGAAUCACGUUUGUCCCACUAUUACCUCUUUGACCAAAUGAUAUCUGAUGUACACAAUAAACAUUCUCGUUUAUA